CGAACAUGAUAAAGAGGCUAAAUGGUUUUUUUGUUGUUUAAUUCUUUCUCCAGAUUUCAAUUAGAUAUGGCCUGUGUUGUUAUUGAUGUUUGCUAGCCAAGUAUAUGUAGUUAAAAAAUAACUCAACUCUUUUCUUGAAAAACAUAUGGUACAAAUUCGGAAGGCCCGUUCUGAACAGCAGGUUACAGGCAAAACCUUAGAAACCCUAAUUUUUCUUUUGUACAUAACCCAAGAAAGAACCCUAGAAACUGGGACCUGAAAGCCUAAAACGCUUCCUUGCGAACCCUCGCGUCCUCCGUCAACCGCCGAUGUCUUCCUCCUCUCAGCAGCAGACUCCCAAAUCCAGGGUCAGCAGAGACACGGCCAGGAGGGCCGUCGACGCCCUCCUCAAGUGGAUCAGCGCCCGGGCGAAGAAGCAGAACCGAAAGGCCCAGCUCCUGGACUCCGACGACGACUUCCUCUACCUGGUCCUCACCCUCAAGAAAGUCCCCCACAAGGGCCGCACCACCGCCUAUCGCGUCCCCCUCCCCACCCAUCUUUCUUCGGCCUCCGUCUGCCUCCUCGUCGACGACCGCCCCAAGUCCCCCUCCCCCCGCCGCGCCCGCGACCUCGUCCGCUCCCUCUCCCUGCCCGUUGCCGACGUCCUCUCCCUCUCCGAUCUCCGAUCCGAGUACCGUCCCUUCGAGGCCCGCCGCGCCCUCGCCGACUCCCACGACCUCUUCCUCGCCGACCGCCGCAUCAUUCCCCUCCUCCCCUCUCUCCUCGGCAAGCACUUCUUCAAGAAGAAGAAGAAUCCCGUCCCCCUCGACCUCUCCCGCCGGUCGUGGCCGGAGCAGCUCCGGAAGGUGUGCCUUUCCACGCUGCUCUACUUCCGGUCGGGCACCUGCAGCGUGGUCAGGGUGGGAAGGGCGUCGCAGGACCGGGAUGAGAUCGUGGACAAUGUGAUGGCCGGCAUAGAAGGUGUUAUUGGGUAUGUGCCAAAGAAGUGGGCCAAUGUCCGGUCUCUCCACGUCAAGGCGACAGAGUCUCUGGCCCUGCCCAUCUACCAGGCCAUGCCGGAGACGGGUCUCAACAUCCAGGGACUUCAGAAGAAGGAAAAAGAGGAGGAGGGCGCUGACAUAAAGGAUGGGGAUGAAGAUAAUAGAAUUGAUGUAGUUGGCGACGAGGAAGGGAAUGAAAGUGAUGAAUCGGACAUGGAAAAGAGGAUAAAAUUGGUAACGAAGACGAAGGAUGAUGGAUCGAAGAAGAGGAAGAAUAAGAUGGAGAAGACUGGGGGGCUGGACAUGAAGAGGAUUAAGAAGAGUAAAGUUAGGAAGGAAACUGAGUGAUGGAUUCUUGAAGGAGUUGGUAACUGAUUGUCUCACUAUGCAGCUUUGGAGCUAAUUGUUGAUGCUGGACUUGUUACAAAUCAAGGGGUGUCAAGUCCUCUUUUACAGGUUUCACUUUUUCUACUAUUUAUUGUUCCAGUUUGAUAGACCUGCGUUUAGAGACAGAGCCCUUUUUCUUUUCAUUGAUUUUCCAUUCCUUCAUUUUUCUCCUUUAUUCAUAUCUUUUGGUCAAAAUCAAAUUGCUAUACUAAUUGUUGAGAUCAAUUGGAGCUUCUAGUGCUUGCAGACUGAGUGUUAAGCAUACUGAUGAUGUAAGUGUUUCGCUUGCUAAGAAUUUAUAUCAAUCACAAUGUGGGAGCUGCAACUGCCCACCGACGACCUGUUUGU